AUGGAGUCUACGCCUCUUACAAAUGACGCUGGCCAAAGAGCUCUCCAGAGUUGCCCCAAGCGCCGUGGCUGCCUCGAACCACAACUGCCUGGCGAAGGAACAUUCGACGAUGAUGUGAUCAAUGGUUUCCGGUUCCUGAUCGCACAGGAAGCAGGUGUCGCGUGCAUUGAGCCCAUGCUUUCGUCGUCUGUCCGCUGUCCAUUGUCGGCGGCGAACCACCAGCCAGAGAAACAGCUUGACCUUGAGCGGCGCCCACACCUCCCAAAUCCUGACGCAGCCCAGAAUAGGCCAUUACGGCGCCAUCGCCCAGCCCAACCACUCUUCCGGUCUUCCCACAGGCCACAGCGCAGAGGCACAGCACAGGCCGACAGGCGCAAGCGCAGCGCCGAGGAAAAUCCGAGCUGCCCUGCUGCUGCACAGCGCGGUACAACUGCAACGCCGCUGCUACAAAGGCCACGCCAAAAUCCAAACCCAACCAACCAACCGCGCCGCUCCAGUCUCUUGCGCCUCGCGAUCUGCCGCUGCUCCUUCCUCUCGGCGCUGUGGCUGCGGAGGGCGGCGGCGGCUGGCCGGCGUGAUGAGCGCUGGGAGAUGAGGUGCAAGCUCCACCCUUACGCCAACCCCGUGGGCGUGUGCGCGCCCUGCCUCCGCGACCGCCUCCUCGCGCUCGCCGCCGAGCGCGCCCAGGCCGCCGACGCCAGCAGCGACGGGGGCUGCGGGAGCAGCAGCUGUGGCGGCUCGCCCCCGGCGCCCCUACUACACCUGCCCACGCGGCGGCACCAGCACCAGCACGGCCACGCCGAGGAAAGGGCCGGGGCGGCGUUCCCGCGCUCCGUCUCGCCGUACGUGCAGCACCGACGCUCCGAUGCCUGCGCUUACGCGACCUCCUCCUCCUCGUCCGGGUACCACCAGCACCAGCCGAACCUCCUCUUCUUCCGCACGCCGCAGGUCGGACCGGCCGCCGCCGCCGCGGCCGCCUUUCGCGCCGCCGACGAGCCCGGGGAGGAGACCGGCGGCAAGAGGAAGCAGGCCGCGCCGAGGCGGUCCUUCCUGUCAGCGAUCUUCGGCGGCGGCAGGCGGCACGGACGGGAAGCAGAGGCAGGCAGGAAGGAGCCUCCCCGGCGGUCCACCUCGUGGCUCUCGGCGAUCAUCCGCCGCAAGCGGAGGCCGACCGACUUGCCCGCGGCCGCGUCCUUCCCGGCGCCGCCACGGGCGCAGCAGGACGAGGAGCCUGAGUCCCCCGGAGGCAGCAGCAGCAGCUGGUGGUUCCCCUCGCCGUCGCUGGCCAGACAGCAGCAGCACCGGCGCCGGCACGGCGGCGGCGGCGCUGGCGCGGGCGCCAGCGGGGACGGGAUCUCGGGGUUCGCCGUGUGCCUGAGCCCGCUCGUCCGGCCCAGCUCCGCCGGCGGCCGGCGCCGGUGCCAGCCGCCGGACCCCUCCACGAUGGGAGACAGCCACCGGCGACACGCGUCGGCCGGAGGCGCCGCGUCGUUCGGGCGCAACGCCUCCCGGAAGCUCGCUGAUAUGGGUAGGUUCCGAUGA